AAAAAAAUAUGUCUCCACCUACUAAAGAAUAGUUAAAUGUUCGACAAACAUAAUUUGUCUCUCUAUCUCCACAGUGUCCAUACAAGGCUGUCCUAAAGACAACUCUUUCCUCUAUGAGAUUGUUGGCAACAAAAGAGACGGUAUCGAUGUGGAUAAGUGGGACUAUUUUGCCAGGGACUGCUACCAAUCGGGCAUCCAGAACAACUUUGACUAUCGGUGCUUCUUAAAAUCUGUAGUCUGUGAAGUGGAUAGCCAGAAAAACAUCUGCACAAGAGACAAGGUGUGUGCUGUUGGAACCUGCAGAACUUGGAGAGCAUCAGGACGCUUUGAGAAAUGGCAGCUAUGAGUGACUAUAAGGUGUUUAAUGAUCCCAUCCACGGCCUUGUGGAGCUGCAUCCGCUCCUCGUCAAGAUCAUCGACACGCCUCAGUUUCAACGACUUAGAAACAUAAAGCAGCUUGGAGGGAAGUCUUAUGUUUACCCUGGAGCAACCCACAGUCGCUUUGAACACAGCAUUGGGGUUGCUUAUUUGGCUGGAGAACUUGUUCAAGAUCUGAUGGAGAACCAGCAAGAACUCAAAAUCACUCUUGCUGAAAAACUUUGUGUGCAGAUUGCUGGACUCUGCCAUGACCUGGGACAUGGACCAUUUUCACAUUUGUACGAUGGGAAAUUUAUACCUGAAAUAAAGCCUAAAUCAGAGGCUAAAUGGAAGCAUGAGAUUGCCUCUAUACAAAUGUUUGACCACCUGGUGAAGGUCAAUGAUUUGGAGGAGAACAUCAGGAAUCUAGGCCUAAAACAACCCAAGGAACUAGACAAGAAACCGGACCAGUUCAACAACCUGGACUUUAUAAAGAAACUGAUCAAUACAGAAUAUGUCAGUGAAACAGAAGAGCUCCUCAGAGGUCAUUUUCAGGACAGAUCCUUCCUCUAUGAAAUCGUGGCCAAUAAAAGGAACGGCAUUGAUGUGGAUAAGUGGGAUUAUUUUGCCAGAGACUGCCAUUAUUUGGGUAUAAAGAACAGCUUUGACUAUCGCCGCUUAAUAUUAUGCGCCAGGGUGUGUGAGGUGGAAGGGAGGACGGAGAUCUGUUUCAGAGACAAGGAAGUGUUCAAUCUAUACGACAUGUUCUACACGAGGUUCUGUCUGCACAAAAGAGCCUGCCAGCACAAAGUGGCAAGAGCCGUAGAGUGGAUGAUCACAGAUGCCUUUUUGAAAGCAUAUAAACAUAUUAAGAUCAGAGCCUCUGGAGGGAAAAUGUUGAAUCUGUACGAAGCUAACGGCGACAUGGAGGCCUACACCAAGCUGACAGGUUAG